AUGGAUAUGAAUUUAUACAUUCAUAGUAUUGAAGUAGAACUUAAUGGACUUGAGAAAUUUAUAAACAAUACUCAUGAAGAAAAAGAAGAUAAUAUAAUUUAUGGUUUACACAUAAAAGUAGAAAAUGAUAAAAAUGAUAAAAAAAACGAAAUUGGAAAUGAAAAAAUAUAUGAAACACCAUGGUAUAUUUGUAUUAAAAAUGGGGUGAAUGAAAUGUGUAUGAUGUCUUAUGAAAUGAAUAUUUCUCAUGCUUUUAACAUACUGGAUAGUAAUGAAACUCAAGUUCUCCUUUUGUAUAUACUUCGAAAAGAUAUGAAGACCGAAAAAGUAGAAUAUAUUCAUAGGCACGAAUUAAAUAUAAAGGAUAAGAAAUAUUAUGACAAAAAUAAUUGUAUUUAUUUUGAAAAUAAUACAAUAAAAGGGAAAAUAAAAUUGUAUUUAAAAAAUGGAAUAAUAUAUAACCAUUUAUUAGAUAAAAUAAAAUCGGAUGAAUAUUAUAAGGACAUACUUUUAAAAAAGGGAAUACAAGAUAAAAAUGAGGAGCAGUUGAAAAAUGAAAAAAUAGACAAAGAGAAUAAAAAUUGUGUCGAAAAUUUUAUGGAAAAACCAAGUCAAAAUGACAACGAUUUUUCAAGAAAUAAAAAUAUAACAAAUGAUUUUAAUGAAAUUUUGAAUGCCCGUAAAACAUUAUAUUGGGUAUAUUUAGAUGAUGACAAUAAUGAACAGGGACCAUUUAACAGUCAAACUAUUUUUAACUGGAUAUUAAAUGAAUAUUUUGAAGACAAUACAUUGAUAAGAUUACAUGAUAAAAAAAAGUUUUAUAAAUUAUAUGAAAUUAUUGAUUGUAUAGAAAAAAAUGUAUUAUUAAAUACACAAAAUGAGGAUAUCCCAAAUAAGGAUGCAGAUGAAAAAAUCGUUGAAAAUGUAAAGGAUGAUGAUUGUGAAAAUGAUCAUGAACAAGUAGAUGAAGAUUGUUUGAUAAAAACUCCAAAAAAUGAAUAUGUAGAAGAAAAAGAAAAAUCUAUUGAAGAUUGCAAUGGCGUGAAAAUAAAAGAAGACAAAAAUGAUAAAAAUAAGAAAAGUGUGAAAAAAAAAAAGAAACAAGUAAAAGUUCUAAAAAGGGAGCUAAAAAAAAUAAAAGAAGAAAUGGUUAAACUUAAAGAAAAUAAUUCAAAUGAAAUGUUGAAGAAUGAAAAAAUAUGUGAAAAAGGGAAAACAAUUUUUAGACAAAACAAUGAUAUAAUUAAAAAUGAACAUGAAAAUAAUAAAAAAAAUGAAAAUUAUAAUGAAAUUUUAAACAAUUUUAAUGAUGAUAAUAAAAAUUCAGAUAUACAAACUAUCGUUCAAAAUUUACUUAAUAAUACUAAUUACAAUAAUUAUGAAAAAAAUUAUGAUAAGAAUGAGAAUUUUGAAAAAUAUUUAAAAGAAUAUGAUAAAUCAACAAAUAAUGUUUAUAAAAAAAAUUAUGAAAAUAUAGAAAAAUCUUUUAAUGAUUAUAAUAUACAAGAUUAUUACGAAAAAAAAAAAGGAAUUGAAAUAGUUAUGAGUAGUAUAAAUCAAGCCCAAGAGUGUAUAUUAAAUAUUAGAAAAAAAAAAGUAUAUUCAUAUUUAAAUAGAAUUAUUAAUUUAACUAUUCGUGAUCAAUCUAUUUAUAUUAACAAUGAUGAAACAAACUUAGAUUAUAGUGAAUAUUUAGAUUUUGAAAACAAUCCUCAAAAUUUUAAUAUUCAAAGUAAUGCUAAUUAUGUUAAAUGUCUUGAUAAAUACAAACCCAGUGUGAUUACACAAAAUGAUAAUGAGAAUGAAAAUUGUAUAUUAAAAUAUUCAGGUAAAAAUAGUGGAACCAAUUUUUACAUAAAAUCUAUAAACAAAUUUGAAGAUCAUCCAAUUGUAGAUUCGAAAAAUUGUAAGUCUAAGAUUGGGAAUAUUGGAUUUAAAAGUAAAAAUUAUAUUGAUGAAAUAAAUGGAAAUAAAAAGAACAAAAACAAAGUAGAAGAAACAACUACAAUAUGUUUUAAUAUUUCUGGAAAAAAUUCUGAUGUUAAAUAUUCCUACAAUGUGAGUUAUAAUGAAUUAUUAAAAAAAAUAUUAUUUAUACAAAGUAACAUAAAAAAGUGGCUAAAAAAAAGACAAAAGUGGAAAAUGUAUAAUCUAAAUAAAUCUGUUAAUGAAAGUUUGAAUAAAAUAAAAAAUGUUAAUAACUCAAUACACAAUGAUAUAUAUCAUAAAAAAAUGGAUUAUGAACAAUCUAAUGAUAAAAUUGACAAAAAUAAAAUAAAAAAUUGCUUACUUUUUAAUAAUUAUAGGAACAAAAAUUCACACUGUGAAUUUAAGACAGCAAUUGAUACAUAUAAACCAUAUUAUAAUAUUUCCGAUCAAAAAGAACAAGGGAAAAAUAAUAAAAUUGAUCAAGAUAUUAAUUCGAAAAUUUAUUCAAUUUUACAAAAAGAGAAUAUUAUACCAAAUGAAUUUAUAAAUAUUGACAACAUACGAAAUAGUAAUAAAAAGGAAGAAGAUUCACGAUUUUGUAAAUUACGGAAUGCUGAUUAUAUUUUUAAAAAAAUUCAAGAUAUAAAUAAAUAUUAUAUCACAGAAAAUGGCAAUUCAUAUAAUAAGAAUUUGAAUGUACCACUUAAUAAACAUGAAAAUAAAAAGCACGCAAAAGAAGAACAAAAUAUAUCUCUUAAAAGAGAGCAUACUGAAAUGGAUAACGAAAUUUACAAUAUUAAAAGUGAUAAUGUAAAUAUCGAUUCAAAUAAGACAAAUAUAAAUAAGAGUAUGAAUUUUCUCAAAUUUUCAGACGUUUUAAAUAAGUAUAAAAAUUAUCAUAUUAAUGAAAAUAAUAUGGAUGAAAAUAUAGAUAAUUUUAAAAAUUACAAAAGUUUUGUAAAUAAUUUAAACAAAUAUAAUUAUACAAAAGAUAAAGAAGAUAUUAAUAUAGUGGACAAAAUGGAUAAGUUAUUCAAAAGAGCCGAUUAA